GUAAUGAAAUCCGCAUAUGGCCUAUGACCAAUUUAGCUCCCGAGCAUGCGCGAGUAUUUGCCUUCCAGUCGAGCUCCUGAAACUGGAUCCGGUGCGUUCCUCACUCAGCCUGUCGGGAGAACGAUGUAAACUUCUCGGAGAACGGAUACUGGGAACAUGGAAGAAUGACCGUUGGAUAUGGCCACUGUGUUUUGGAUUAUACUGUGGAUACUUUGUUUGGAUACCCUGACAAGUUCCCGUGUCAACGGCACAAAGCGGACUAUUCAUAUUCGGAUGUUACAUGGGUUGAAGACUUUACAUAGCCAGUGCCCGGAUGGGUAUUUCGGGUACACGUGCCGUUUCCGGUGUCGAUGCAAAGGAUCGGAGAUCUGUAACAAGAUCCACGGAAACUGUGCUUCGGGAUGCAAAGAUGGCUUCUGGGGACCCGGAUGUCAGCUGUCCAACAGCUGUUUUUACAAUGACCAGAAAAGAAACUACAUGGGCACGAAGUCGAUGACGAAGAGUCUGUACAUCUGUCAGCCCUGGCAGUCACAGCUUCCUCACCAGCACACCUACAAGCCGCGGGACUUCCCCGACCGAUUCUACCCAAACAACUACUGUAGGACGACGGCCGAUUCUGCUCAGCCGUGGUGCUAUACGUCCGACAACCGUGUGAGAUGGGAGCACUGCAACAUCAAAAACUGCCGCUGUCCGGCGUUUCGGUUCGGUCACAACUGCGCUAAAGAGUGCCACUGCCGGGACCGGUCGGAAAGCUGUGACAGUAUCCUGGGAAUGUGUAAGAAUGGCUGCGCUCAGGGCUGGAGGGGAUUCGACUGUCAGACACCUGCCGCCUGCCCGUCCAACCGUUACGGCUGGGCCUGCAACAAGAGGUGUCAGUGCAAGACGGCCGAUCACUGCAACCGAUUUUCUGGACCCGAGGAACCAUGCGAGUGCAGGCAGGGCUUUUUUAACCCGCCCAAUUGCGAACCAGUGACCGAACCCAAGAUCCUUUACUUCGGCAAUGUUCGGGUGAACCCGGGCCAGCCGGGAAUCUUCAACUGCACUGUGGCGGCGUUUCCGACGCCCUACGAGAGCGAGAUUAUGCUGAUUGGUCCCCAGGGAAAGCGAAUCACUCUCCUGGAGUCGAAGAUCCUCAACCAGUACCUCUACACCAGGUUCAACCUCUUCAAGGUGAACUACGUGCUCAACGGGGAGCACUACACGUGUGCCGUGACGGCGACGGCAGGGUCAACGUCUACCACGAUUCGAGUAGAUGUGUAUGAAUUAGCUCGCCUGAACACGCCGCCGUCGGUGGUGAAGGGGAGCAUCACGUCGAGGAACAUCACCAUCGAGUGGCACAAGUGGAGUCGCCCCCGCGGCGACACGGGCGACAAGCCCAUCCUGUGGUACAGCGUCUACGUGAAGGCGGAGACAGACACCAGCUACCGCAACGCCGGCAUCGUGUACAAUCUGUUCUGUGAGAGGAAGUGUUCCUACACCGUGGGCGAGCUCCAGCCCAACACCAAGUACGCCGUCUACAUCGUGACGAGGAGGGACGGGGAGGGAGGGGACGGACCCCCGGGCCCUCUCAUACAUGUUACCACCGACUGUUCAGGUCCUGCAGUUGGACCAACGAUCAAUGAUGUCAGCGGACAGUUACAGUACAACAAGACGUAUCCUAAAACACGACUUCUAGUCCAGUGGAUUGGACCAUCCGCCAAUGACAUGAAGUGUAACCAAAUCAAAGAUUACACAUUACGACUGAGUAGUCCGGAAGUGGGAGGCAAAGCGAGUACGUGGAAGGUUCCAGGGGGUGCGGUUACCAGCAUGUCCAUCCCCAACCAGGAGCCCUCUACCUGGUACUGCGUCCAGCUGAAGUUUAACACGGUGACGGGUUUCAGCAGCCCGUUCUCGGAACAAAAGUGUAUCUUGACGCCAGAAACCACACCAGGAUCUCCAACCAAUUUCUCACUUCGGCGCCAGACUCCUACAUCACUGACUAUGUCAUGGAAUCGUCCAGACCCAACCAAUGGGAACAUCACUCUCUACCGCAUCAUGUUCUGGGAAGGCGUGUCCACUAUUGCCAAAGGGGUGGAAUGGCGAACGACUUUACCCUUUGUGGAAUUUACCCUGACAGGAUUACGUCCCCACACGGAUUACCAAGUUCAGGUCCAAGCGGUAAACAGCGCUGGUCCGGGAGAACCCACCCCCAUUCUGACCACAAAGACUGAAGAAAGUGUACCCGGUCCGGUGCCGGAUUUGAGAAAUACUACACGCAGUAUCAACUCCAUCCGUCUACGCUGGGACAAACCGAAGUAUAUGAACGGAGAUUUGUUGCACUUCACGGUUUCUUGUGAGCCAAUGAAAAGUCUCAAUAAAAAUGCAUUUCCACAACGUGCAAAGGAAGUCAAAUUACCUGCUGACGUGUACGAAGUCACUAUGAAUGGACUACUUCCGGCGACCCAAUACGCAUGCUCGAUCAAUGCUAGUACCAGCAAGGGGUCCGGAUCACAAACAAAAGUUGUGGUUUGGACAGAAGCAACAGAUCCCGAAACGCCCAUUGAGCCGGUCAUAGUCGGUGUUUCUGAUCAUACAGUAACCCUGGACCUGAAGGACACUGAAGACAAAACUGUCAGCUUCUAUCGAGUUAUUGUUGAGAAAAUAGCAGACGGUAAACACAAGCGUGAGGCGCCCCAGAGUAUCACCAAGAUAGGUGACGACUUCCACAGGGCGGCCCGACAGGGGUCCAGGGCGUACAUCACCGCCCAGCUCGAUCGGGACCGCGUGAACGGAAAGUUCGUGGUGGGGGAUAACAAGACGUACGGGGGAUUCUACAACGCUCCGCUAGAGAGGGACCAAACAUACAAUAUCUGGUUUGGAGCUUUUUCCAAAGUUGAUGGGACCGAAAGACGAUCGUUUUCUAGAGCAGAAAGACCAGUUGUUGUCCGGGCCAUUACCACAGCACCUCAGACCAACCACGUCCCCGUCAUCAUCGGCGUGCUCGUCAUCUUCAUCCUGCUCAUCAUCACCUUCGCCAUCCUGCUCCUCGUCUGGAGAAAGCGACACAUGACGGCAGAGAGAGAAAAAUCUGACCUGCCAUCUUUUGGACCAACCAUUUUACCGGAACCAGACACGUCACCACCUCCAACUCCCAUUGAUAACAUUGAAAUUGAACCUCUCAUUCUACCCACUACAGAAUACGAUAUAGACACCGAACCAAUUUACGGCAAUGUUGGUAUUGAUAUUCCUCCCAUAAAAGUGGAGGACCUCUGGGAUUAUAUCCGAAGCAGCAAGGAAAACGACUACGAAGGCUUGAAACGAGAAUACCGCUUAAUACCCGCGGGUUUGACUGCCAGCUGUGAUGCGGCCAAGAAGAAUGAAAACAAACCUAAAAAUCGAUACGGGAACAUUAUAGCAUAUGACCAUUCACGUGUUGUACUCGAUACCGAGAAUGGUGACGUCACUGAUGAUUAUAUCAAUGCAAAUUAUAUUGAUGGUUACAACAAACCGAAAGCUUACAUAGCAGCACAAGGUCCAAACAGACCGACAAUCCCAGAUAUUUGGAGAAUGGUGUGGCAGGAGAACUCCAAGACCAUCAUCAUGUUGACAAAUGCCUUAGAAACCGGCAAGAAAAAGUGUGAACAGUACUGGCCUGAUGAGGGAUGUGAGGAGUAUGGGACGAUCUCCGUUCAGCUGCUCGGGACAGACUACCUGCCCGACUAUAUCAUCAGGACAUUCCUCCUGUCUCAGAAAGGUCAGUCGAAAUACGUAAAACAGUUCCACUACACGACGUGGCCAGAUCACGGCGUUCCGAAGUUUGGUCACUCACUGCUGCUGUUCAGACAGAAGAUUCGGGCCUACGACAACCUGGACAACGGAACGGUCAUAGUUCACUGCAGUGCUGGUGUGGGACGGACAGGAACCUACAUCUCUAUAGAUACCCAGCUGGAGAAGGCGAAAUCUGAGGGGUUAAUCGACGUGCACAACUUCGUCCAGCUCAUGAGAACACAGAGGGUUAAUAUGGUCCAGACGCUGGAACAAUACAUAUUUGUCUACGACUGUUUACUGGAAGCUCUCAUCUGCGGCGACACGCCCGUGUCCAGCCACAACUACCCAGAGGCCUACAAGGAAAUGUGUCAGUUCGACAGCGAGAUAGGCAAGUCCAAGAUAGAGGAGCAGUUUGAGAUACUGAAAUUGCUUUCGUCAACAAUCGAAAGAGAUGACACUACUUCAGCCUUGAGACCUGAGAAUAUAUUUAAGAACAGAUGUAAAAACAUUAUCCCUGCCAAUCGAUGCCGUCCAUACCUGAACACUCACGCCGAGGGAUGCAAUGACUACAUUAAUGCUGUGUACAUAAACAGCUACCAGAAGAAGGAUGCAUACAUUGUGACUCAGAUGCCUUUACCUAACACAGUGAUCGACUUCUGGCGACUGAUCUACGACCACCACUCGUCCUCCAUUGUGAUGCUCAAUGAGAUCGACAAGGAUGAGACCUGUGAACAGUACUGGACACUGGACACGUGUGGAAACAACUACGGUCCGUUCCUGGUGGAAACUACUGCUGAGAUAAAGUCGGACCCCAGUGUCACCAUCCGGGACUUCACCAUCACAAACACGCAGAAUCCCCAGGAAACUCCGCGUGUGGUUCGCCAGUUUCAGUUCCACCACUGGGCUGAGGGCAGCAACGUGCCCAGUUCCAAGAUGGCGUUGUUGGAGCUGCUGGAGUUAGUAGACACGUGGCAGAUGCAGUUUGACCGACCUGUCACUGUGCACUGCAUGAAUGGUGCUAGUCGGUGCGGCCUGUUCUGCGCUGUGAGUUGUAUCCUGGAGCGAGUGAAGACAGACAAGGAGGUGGACGUGUUCCAGGCAGUCAAACAACUCAGACUGAGUCGCACUCAGCUCAUAGACAACAUGGAACAGUACAAAUUCUGCCAUGAAAUAGUGUUGGAUUUUCUGUCAUCACCAGGAAAGAAUUCUAUUCUGUCAUGACGUCAAUACAAUGUUGAAUGACAAACUCAAAGUGCUUCCGAUAAAAUACAGUGCACACAUCAAAUAAUGGAUGCUAUUCAUACACAUGGAAGUCGUGUUAUGUUUGUGGAUUCUACGUUUAAUACAUCUGUCGUGAAAAACUUAUUGAAUGGAACAUAUUUGCAACUUAAGUAUGUGGCUCUUGCUUUUAAUACAACUGUAGCAGGAAUUUGAUGAAUGGGACAGCUUUUAAACUAAUUUUGUAACAUAGGAUACUCAUCAACUGUUCAUUGUUGUUACGUUGUUUUUAAUUCAGACGUUUGUCCACCAGUGUACUUGCGAGGCACAGAAUGUCUACAACGUGUGGUGCUUUAUAGCCAACGUUUAAUAAUUAAAGACAUGCCAUUGUGUCCAGUGUGUUCAUUUUGCUAAGUAUUACUUAAUCGGAAUCACUGCCAGGGGACAUGAUGUUGUAUUCUCUUUAUUACAUCAUAAUAUUGCCGUAUUGUUUUCAGGGAUGAUAUAAGUCUUUGAACAGAAACAUUAUACAAAGCACUGCCAAUCGUCAAUAUGUAUACAAUACUCGCUAUUUUGAAAUACAACAUUUUGUAGAAGUAAGACUAAACAACACAGAUAUUAUGGUUUUUAAUUAACAAAGUACAGUAUGUCUUUCCAGUGUGAAAGUUUGUUUCCUUCUAUCGAUGUGCACUUUAGAAAUACAAAUGAUGAGUUUUGAACUAUUGUGUCAUGUGUAACUAUAAUCAAUAUUCAGCAAUAUACUACAGUAGAUGGCCAUGUGUUAUCGAAUGGCAUUAGUACCAGUUCCUAAACAUUAAGCAUUGACUAAAAUUAAGCAUCGUGCAAAAUGUCUUUGGUACUGCUAAACCUAGUCAUGUUGUUUUUCGUUUGAAUGUAUUGAUUUGAUAUGUAUUUUAGUAGUAUAUAUUUACCGCGGAAUAAUGAGUACAUCAUGAAGUACAAACAAUUAGGUGAUGAAAGUAUAUCAAAGUAUCGUUCCUCGUGGCGUACCAACACGACCAGUUCUUCAGUUAUUUAGGUGAUGAAAGUAUAUCCAAGUAUCGUUCCUCGUGGUGUACCAACAGGACCAGUUCUUCAGUUAUUUAGGUGAUGAAAGUAUAUCAAAGUAUCGUUCCUCGUGGUGUACCAACACGACCAGUUCUUCAGUUAUUCCAGUGAUGACAAGUGUGCGUGAAAAGAAGAACUGUCAAAGAGAAUGAGUUACUAAAAAUAAAUUUACUAACAAUC